UUAGCGCCAUUUUGCCGCGUAGAUUUUAAGUUAUUGCGUUUCAUAGAGAAGUUUUGUGAGUUUUUUUAGUGAAAUAAGUAUUUUAUAGAAAAAAAAGUGUGAUUCAGUUUCAUUAUGUGUUCAGAAGAUAUAACGGAAUGAAUAAAAGUUACAUAUUAAAGGAGAAAUAUUAAUCCGAUUGAUGGCGUUAGUAGUACAUGAAUUUGAAACGCAAAGGGGAUUAUCACUUUGAAUUCUCUCAUCUUUUUGAGGAAAUCGUAAUAAACAUCAAGAAUUAGCGCAGUGACCUGAUUCCUUGCAUGCAACGGUAAGAGUGUUUCCAGAGAGUGGCGCAGGGAGAUGGAAAGAGAGAGUUGGCGGGGAGAGGGAGCGAGACGGAGCAAGCCGCGGCCACUCUGGUGAGAAGAGGAAGGAGGCGAGAGGGAGCGAGAGCACGCCUCGUGACACGUAAUACCCGUCACGGAGACCGCGUCCUUUGAUGUUAUAUCUAGGAAUGCAUUUUGCGCGCUGCAAUGACGUCGAUAUACAAUUUUGGAUUGACAUUUAUGUUGCGAGAAUUUCGAAUAUUCCUCCAAGCGCGUAAAUCAACGCCGCCAGCGACAUCUUAAGAGGAAGAACGAAAUUAUUACCAGUCGGUACAGUGUUUCCGAACCGAUCUAGAACGGAAAGAUCCGAAUUCGACCGAAUUUCUUUGCCGUGAUAUUAGCCACAACAAAAAAUUGGUAACAUUCGCUUGAAAACUUUUCGGCAAUACAUGUUCUUCGCGUUCUUUUUGUGAUUCAGCGUUGUACCAGAGAAUACAGUGCUUCGUCAAGCCAAGUUCUAAAAUAAAAGCAAAGCUCAUUAAAACAUUGGGUGUCAACAAUGGCAGAUGAACAACAACAGUUUUUUCUUAAAUGGAAUGAUUUCCAAUCUAAUAUGGUAUCGUCGUUUAAACAUCUACGAGAUGAAAAAAGUUUCACGGAUGUGACAUUAGCUUGUGAUGGUCAAACUUGUAAAGCACAUAAGAUGGUGUUAUCUGCUUGUAGUCCUUAUUUUAAAUCUUUAUUAGAGGAAAAUCCGUCCAAACAUCCCAUCAUAAUUUUAAAAGAUGUCGCAUACAGUCAUCUUCAAGCUAUUUUGGAAUUUAUGUAUGCAGGAGAAGUUAACGUUUCACAAGAUCAAUUGCCUGCAUUUCUUAAAACUGCUGAUCGACUUAAAGUUAAAGGAUUGGCAGAAGCACCAGGUGCCAUUAAGAGAGAGGGUUAAAGUUGCACUUAUAGUUAUGGAUUUUGGGAAGCGUGCGGACUGAAAAAAGUGUAAUAAUGUAAAGUGAUUGCGUAAAGACAUAACACACAUUAUAAAAAACACACUACGUGUGCACAACUCAGUGUCCUCUGGUUCAUGACUUGGAUCAACAUACCACGACAAUGUAAAUUAUGCCUUUUCUUAAUCUCAGUUAAUGUUAAUGUUGUAUUGAAUGUAUGUAUACAAAUAUGGUAGAGAUGAAAUGUUGAUGUUUGUCUUGAACCUGUUGCGCCAUGUAGUGGCGACAGCAACAUUGAUUAUUUUUUUAAAACAAAGUGCUGCAAAAACUAAUAAGUGGGUCACCAUAGUUUACAAUACACGAGACAGUUUUGUGGAUCAAAUGGAAAUGUUAAAAGACAUCUUUACAACUGCUGUUUUUAAAAUGAAUAUAUUGACUCACUAUACUUUCCUAUCGGUGGUUUUAUAGUAGAUUUAUUCACGAAAUAUUAAAAUUUCUUGAGUUUAUAUAUGACUAAAAGUAACUUUUUUACUGUUCUUUUUCUAUUGUAAAGAAGAGUGCAAUACUUUUUUGUAAUAUAACUCGAAUAAAAUAUAUUCAAAAAAUAAAAUUGUAUGACGUAUUAGAAAAUCAAUGUAUAUUAUACAUUGUUAUAUUAAUAACAUAUAGUUUUGCUGGCAUUGACUUGCAAGAAAUUUAGAUCAUAUCGUGAAUAGAUCUGCAAUACCCCGAUAAUCCCAUGAAAGAAUGUUAAAUCAAGUUUACUGGAAGUUGUAACAUGCGUGUCGUAUUAUUGCUCUCUUUUAUUACUUGCAAUAUAUUUGGUUUAAGUGUAUAUACACAAUUAUUUCUCAAAUUAUUCUCAGAAUAUUAGAUGGUUAUUCACGUAAAAGUUUAUUCAAUCGAAAAAACACGAAAUUGAAACAAAAGAAAAAAAAAAAACUUUGAUGUGAAUAAAUAUCUCUAAUAUUUCAAGCAAUAAUCGUGUGUAUGUAUUCAACCGAAUAUAGUAUAAGUAGAUUGAUAAAUCGUGUCGUUUCUCAUCGAUGAAUAUUUAUAAUUGGAAUUGAAGUAAUAGUUUCGCUCAUGUUUAAUUCAAUCGGUACCAGUUACCUCUUCUAGUGAUCAUGAUUUUUUUACUUAACCAAAUACUGCCAGUAUUUAUACCGGCGUAUUCACAAUAUUACCGAUAGACCAAAUUUAUUUAUGAUAAUAAUAUAUAUUAAGGGUUGAAUAUCUUAAAUCGAGGGAAGGUUAUUGUAAUAUAAGCGAAGCAAAUUUUUGUAAAGUCGGAGCGCACAGUUCCUUUCCCCUUCCGAUGAAUCAGAAUAAUCAGAGAUUUAAAGAAAAGAAAGUCAGGAAACAUUAUCGAGUCAAGAACAUACGUAUGUAUUAACAUGCGUUAUUAACAUAAAAACUAUUUUAUCUUUUACUAUAUAAUAUCAUAAAUAUAUCCAAAAAUUUUAUUAUUUUUAUCUUGAACUAUUAAUUUUAUUUCUCUCGUAAGCUUAUGGAUUAUAUUUUUCGCUUUAUUAUUAUUAUUAUUAUUACUACUACUAUUACUACUACUACUACUACUACUACUACUAUUACUACUACUACUAUUACUACUAUUAUUUUCUUAUUUCUUAAUAUAUUCGAUUUAAUUCUUGACUUCUUUUAUUUUUCCUUUUUUAAAAAUUAUUUCUAGCAUAAUGUAAUUACUGAAAAAACAAAAAAAAAAACAAAAAAAAAGAAUAGAUAUAUUUACGUUUCAUGCGAUUUUUAAAUUCAUAUUUAGUAAUCACGAAUAUUUCUACGACACCGAAUGCCAAUUUAGGAGUACACACUCGUAUCUUAUAAUAUACAUGAAGCAUAUUGGAAACAAAAAUGAAUUGUCGUAGCACAAUUUUAUCUGUUUUUUUUUUUUUUUUUUUUUUUUUUUUAUUGCGUCGGAUGUUCUUGUGAACAUUGUUAUGAUUGUAUGAUUAUUUAAAAACAACAAAAUGACGUUCGAGUGAAAUUUUUGUCUCGAUUAUAUUGAAUGAAUUUAUUAAGAACGAUUGUUGUAAUUAUGAGUGAUAAAUGUAUGGGAUAAAUGGGACCAGCCAUAACGAACGUCAUACCGUAAUGAUACUAUUGGAAUUGACUUUGUUCAAUCAAGUGCAUUUUUUUUUUUUAAAUAUGCUCGAUGAUAUAUUAAUCUUUUUACUUGUACUUUAUUUUUAAUAGUAUAAAAUAAAGCUGAAAGAAAAUUUUUCACAGUCAUCCGAUAGCAAGUCAUAUUUGAAUAGAAAAGAAAGAAAAGAAAAGAAAAGAAAGGCAUGACAACCGUGUCUGUUCAUUGUAUUUAAGACAGCCUUUAACAUUAAGAUGGUUGGGUUCAGUUCCUACAAUGACACGUUUAUCGGGCAUUUGGUGAUUACAGUGCGAAUUGUACCAUGUGUAUUUCCUAAAGCGUCAAGUUGAAUUGUAUACAUUAUAGAGUAGAAGAUGUUAUAUGAGUGAUGAUCUGAAAUAUGUUCGCAACUUGUUGAUUAACUUUCCUCCAUAUUCUUAACCAAUUAUGUUACACAAGCAGACGCGCUCAGGAGCUAUUGUAAGUUUUUUACUAUCCUCUUUAUUCAGAUCUUUUUGAGAACGACCGAUUUGCGAUCUAUUGUUUUAUCGGAGUUUACCGACGAAUCUCUCAUUCCUUUUGUACUACUGCUUUUUGUCGCGAAAUUCUUUAUUCUCCUUGUUCAUCUUUUUAAAAAUAAUAAUCGGUUUUUUUCUGCUAAUUAUAAUAUGACUCGAUGAUGAUUAUGAUUACAAUAUGGCGAUGUCGAGAUAUAAAAAUAAAUUGUGUAAAUAUA